AUGAAUUUGGAGAGACUUCGUAGGGAAAAGGUGGAACUGGAAAAUACGUUGGAACAAGAGCAAGAAGCAUUAGUGAACAGACUUUGGAAACGAAAUGGACAAGCUAGAAGCAGAAAAACGUUCUCUGCAAUAAGACUCGACCAACCAGUUUCUGAUCCAGCUAGUCCUAGGGACAUUAGUAAUGGUGAUACAGCACCAAUUUAA